AUGGCCACAGGUCGCUACAAGCUCGAUCCGCUGGCCGACUCGGACACGGGCACGUCAAUGCAAGAAGAGCUGCGCCCCGAAGGUGUUCCCAUGGAGUCGGGGCUUGGCCAUACGGCAGCCACAUCUAGCAGUGAUGGCACCGUUCUGGAAUCGGACAUGGCUGGCGGCAAGAUCGAGAGAGUCGACAACAAGGCCGUUUUCAGGCCGACGCGCAGCUUCUUCCUCGCCUUCUCCGCUCUGAUGGUGGUAACCAUUGCUAUCGCUCUGGAUGCCACCAGCAUGUCUGUCUCGCUGUCGAGCAUCAGUGCCGCACUUGGCGGCAGUGCUCUGGAGGCUUUCUGGUCAGGCACCAGCUUUCUUCUGGCCAGCACGGUGCUGCAGCCCACAGCUGCGUCUCUGAGCAACAUAUUUGGGCGCAAAUACCUCAUAUAUGUCAAUGGCAUCUUCUUUUUUGUCGGCUCUCUCGUGGCCGCCUUGGCCAACAACUUCACCGUCUUGAUCGUCGGUCGGACCAUCCAAGGCAUCGGUGGCGGUAGCCUCAUCGCCCUGACCGAAGUUGUCGUGACCGACCUCGUGUCGCUCGCCUUCCGGCCGACCUGGUUCUCUGUUCUUAGUGCCAUGUGGAGUCUGGGAACUGUUAGCGGUCCGCUUGUCGGCGCCGCCUUUACCCAGAACGUCAGCUGGCGCUGGAUCUUCUACAUCAACCUGCCCAUGAUCGGUGUCGGCAUGGCUUUUAUCGUGCUCUUCUUGCAUCAGGCCAAGAUUCCCGGCGGCAUCAUUGCCAAGACGUUGCGCUUCGACUGGGUCGGCUCCGUCCUGUUCACCGCCAGCUCUACCUCUUUUCUCUACGGUCUAUCGACAGGCGGCGUAUCAAAUCCUUGGAGCUCCUACCGCGUCUUGCUGCCGCUCAUUCUGGGGUUCCUUGGCACUGUUGCCUUUGGCUUCUACGAGUUCCGUGUUGCCCGCGAACCCAUCAUCAACCGGCGUAUCUUUAGCAACCUUGACAUAAUCCUCACGUACAUCAUGACUGUACUGCAUGGCGCCAUCCUCUGGUCGGUGUUGUACUUCUUGCCUCUCUACUACGAGGCUGUCAAGGGAUAUUCAACCGUCAUCACAGGCGUGGCCGUGCUCCCAAUAACAUUGACGGUAGCACCGGCAGCUUCGGCUGUGGGAGUCAUCACGGGAAUCACCGGUCGUUACCGGUGGUCUAUCUGGAUCGGCUGGGCCCUGACCACCAUGGGCUCCGGUCUGCUUCUCUUGCUGAAACCAGACACCUCGGUGGCGGCCUGGAUCUGGCUCAACGUUCCCUUGGGCGUAGGCACCGGCAUGCUGUUCCCAGCCAUGGGCCUGUCGAUCCAAGCGGCCUGUGAGCCUGUCUUGAACGGUCAGGCUUCUGCUUUCUUCUCCUUCCUGCGCACCUUUGGCCAGUCCAUCGGUGUGGCCGUCAGCGGUGUCAUCUUUCAGAACUCGUUUAAAAGGAAGCUCGCAGCUCUGCCUGCAUUUGCAAGCCUGGCCAACCAAUACUCACACGAUGCCACAUCUGUCGUCGCCAUAAUCCGGCAUAUGCCCGCUAGUGUCGAGAAAACUCAGUUGGUCAAGGCUUACAAUGAAGGUCUGCAUGUCAUCUACGUUUCCAUGAUAGCCUUUUCCGCCUUCUGCUUGAUUCUUAGUGUUUUCCUCCGUGGUUACAGCCUAAAUCAGGAACAUGUCACCAGCCAGGCACUGAUAAACAACGGCGAGGAGGUGAAAACUGAGAAAGAAUAG